AUGCCACGACACGGUGCAUUCCCAGCUUCGGCGUGCCCAUGUUCUGAGUCGGGGUGCUUCCAGCGACCGGCGGCCGACUGGGCUCCGCUCCAGUGCCGAGCGUCGUCGCUCUGCGGGCGAGCCUUGGAUUCAGCGAUUAUCGAGAGGCCCGCCGACGCGGACAGCGGUCGCGUGACAAUCCUGACAGUGCUCAGCUACACGCCGAACCCAGACACGCCCGGCGAUUUUUCGCGCUACCUGCACCAGUUCCGCUCGCUCGUGAACCUGCUCCACUCGCUCCUCCUCACCGCCACCACGCUGCCCGUGCACACGCUCGUCACCACGCGCUACGCGGAGUUUGAGGAGCGGCUUCAGGCGCUCAAAGCGCGGAUGCUGCCCGUCGCGCCGCUCGCGCCGCCGGCGUGGGCGCGAAAGAUAUUCGCGGGCACCUUUGACAAGCUACAGGCGGUCAGCCUCGUGCAGUUUGACAAGGUCAUCUUCCUCGAUAACGACUGCCAGGUGCUCCGGAACAUCGACCACCUCGCUUACGUGGAUGCGCCCGCCGCCGUCUUCCACUCUCCGGACGCUCUGCAGCCGCAAGGCGGGAUCAACAGCGGAAUGAUGGUGUUGCGGCCGUCGCGAGAGGCGGCGGCUGAGGUGAUCGAGGCGAUGCGCUCGUUGCCGGCCGACACCGUCGUCGAUGGUAGCGAUCAGGCGGUGUGGCACGCGUACUUCAAGCGACACCCAGUCUACGAGCUACCGCGCGGCUAUAAUUUCCGCACCAACACUGGGAUUCUCGACCGCGACCGAUGCCUCGCCUACAUCAUACAUCAUGUAGACAAGAGCUCGAGACAAGGCACGCUGAAGCCCGAGAUCAUGAGGAGCGUCUACACGCGCACCGGCUGCUGGCCGCUCCUUAUGUUCCCGGACGCGCUCCGGCUGAAGGUCGAUGCCAACGCGACGGCGUGGAACGAGCGCUUCCGCCACGCGCCGCCGCUGACCGCCGAGGAGGAGGGCAGCCCCGACGGCGUGCGAGACCGCUCAUUGCUCCGCCCGGUGCUCGCGCCGGGCAAUCUGGUCGGCGGGCUCUUCAACCAGAUCUUCGCGCUGAUCGGGUGCUGCCUCGUCGCUCACGCGACAGGGAGCGCGCUUCUGCUGCCCGAAUUCACGUCGCACGUUUUGAACGGUGCGGUCGAGCCGUUUGGCGCCCUCUUUGACGAGGAGCGCUUCCGGCGUGGGAUGCGCGCAGCGGGACUCCGCGUUUUGCGCAAAUCAACGAAUGCGCGCAGAACGUGGAGCGCGAGCCGCGCCGGCCGAACUUCGGGGACCUCCAACUCGUGGCCCUACCUCGACUACUUUUACAGCGUGCGAGAGCGGCGGCGGCGCAUGUGCACCGGCCUCCAUCCGCUCGAGACCGCCGCCUGGCGCUCGCUGCGGCCGGCGCCGCCGAUUGCGCGCGAGGCUGCGCGCUUCCGCGCCACGGCGGGGCUGAGAGAGUCGUACGGCUGCGUGCACGCGCGCAUCGAGCGCGACAUGCUGUUCUCCGCAGACAGGGUGGGCGCCGGGCCGCCGCCGACGCUCGCGCAGCUGCAGGAGGGGAUGGCGGCGGUGCCCGCGCUCCACGGUGCGCGUGAGGUCUUCGUCGCCGUCGGCAAGAACGUGCCGCGCAAAGCGGACGAGAAGAUGCUCGCGUCGGGGCGCACAGCGUGGGGCGCCCGCUUUGCGCGCACCGCCACCGGCGCGCGUGUCUCGUACGACUCGAGGUGGAGCUCGGCGAACAGCUCGUACACGCGCGCCGCCGUGCUCGACUUUGCAGUCUGCCGCGGCGCCGCGUGGUUUGUCGGCUGGCCCGGCUCGAGCUUCUCGCAGGGGCUCGCCAUCGACCAGCAGGUCAACCGCGGCGCGCCGUGGUACGCCGCCUGCCCGUUGGGGCAGAGCUGCCACGACCCGGCGAAGGUGUGGAAGAGGGAGUUCGCAGAGAAGACGUGCACGACGCGGAUGGCGGCGGAGCUGCUCACACGGAGGACCGACGGCGGCGCGGACGACAAGCUGUGCGUCGCCAACCGCUCGUGGGUGUGCACCAGCGGAGGCGGCGGCACAGCGAGCGACGCCGACCUCAAAGCCGUCGUCGAGGCGAUGAAGCCGCCGCUGCUGCCCGUGGGGAUGCACGUAGCCAAGUAG